AUGGCUGGAAUAGGUCUUGUAGCACCUAACCCAUUCCUAGCAACCCCAGGAGAACCUCCUGUGCCUUGGUCACGAUGGAUUUUGAGCUUCAAAACGUAUUUGACUGCAAGCGGGUUGGACACAGCGGAGAUACCCGACCUCCGCCGCCGCGCAAUCCUGAUCCACUGUUUGGGCGCAGAGGGGCAGCGGAUCUUCGGACAGCUGGAAGUGUCUACUACCGGUACGUACGAUAAAGCUGUUGAUGAACUUGAGAAAUAUUUUGGGCCAAAAACAAGUGUGAUGAUUGAACGAUAUCGUUUCCGACAGAGAGUACAAGGUCAUGGGGAGCCAGUAAAACAAUAUGUGGCAGCCAUAACCGAACUGGCAUCCAAGUGCAAGUUUGGCACCUUAAACGAUGAACUGGUUAGAGAUCAACUAAUCGAAAAGACGUCUAUUCCCCGUAUUAGAGAACGUCUGUUAAUGGAGGAUGACGGUCUGACACUUAAGAAGGCGCUCGAUCUAGCGAUCCAGAUCGAAGCCGCAAUGCUGGACGCCAAGCUCCUCAAACAACACGAUGUGACUGUGAGUGCCAGUACAGGACAUAGUCAUACUGCACAUCAGGCAACUCCAGUACAGAACAUCAAACGACCAUAUCAUAACAAAGCCCGCUCUAACCAUGCUAACUUGAAGUCGUGUUCGAACUGCGGACGGACACACCCUCCGAAAGCGUGUCCAGCGUUUGGAAAACGUUGCAAUUCGUGCUCGAAGAUGAACCAUUUCUCUAGCGUAUGCAGAUCUACCAAGAAAAGUGCAUCUUCAGUUCGACACGUUGAUGAACCAAUAGAGGGCGACAUAGCAAGCAGCGUGUUCACACUCUCAGACCGGAUUUCUUCAGCAAAUUCAGGUCAGUUCAAAGAAUGUGAAGUGCAGAUUGCUGGUACUAACCUCUCUUUGAUGAUUGAUGUGGGGGCCAAAGUGUCAAUUCUUAGUGAUAAACUGUAUCAUCGACAUUUCUCACAUUGUAGCCUGUCAUCGACAUCGAGCAAGCUCAUAGCAUGUGGUGAACCACCUACACUGAUUUCCGUUCUGGGCACGAUUGAGCUUCCUGUCGGGUACAAGGAUGUACAUCUCGACAGCUUUACGUUCUACAUAGCGAAGGGCGAGAGCGUUAUGGGAGUCAAUCUGUUCGACGCCCUAGGAUUUCAGAUGAACGACCACACUGGUGAACGCAUUCGGCUCAUAGACAAUGCGUAUAGAGAACGCUAUGCUGCACUUUUCAACGAGUUUGGUAAAUGCAAAGGAUAUUGCCAUGCACCAAGGGUGGAUUCCUCAGUCCCACCUACUGCACAGAGUCUCCGUCGACUUCCGUUAGCUGUCAGGGAUGAAGUCUCAAAGGAACUUCAUAGGCUUGAAUCCGAUGGCAUCAUCGAGCGCAUCGAUUCAUCCCCGUGGGUGUCUAAUCUGGUCAUCGCACGCCGUAAGAAUGGAGAUCUUAGACUUUGUGUAGAUUUGAGGGCAGUCAACAAGGCAAUCAUUCCGGAUAAGUAUCCACUUCCUACUAUGAAUGAACUUUCAGCUUCAUUCCACGGAGCUAAAGUUUUCUUAAACUAG